AUGGCCAACAACUCCACUUCUGCAGCUAACCAUGUCCAUAACCUACCCAAGACGUCGUCGAGAUGCAUCACGGAGAGCUUCACCGCGACGCACGAUUUCGAGGUAACCAAUUACCUUCAGCUCGACGGCAUGGGCGUCGGCAAGUUCGUUUACUCAGGCACAUUCAGCGUUGCUGGCUACGAUUGGUCUAUCAGGUUCUACCCAGAUGGAGUGAGGGAUGACUGCGACGGCAAUGCAUCGGCCUUCUUAUAUUGCGUCAGCCAGGCGAAGGCUGUGAGAACCAAGUUCACCCUGAACAUGCUGGAGAAAGAGGGCAAAGUAAAGGUAACCGACCUCGGUGCCAUAGAGCGUAUUAUUUCUUCGCCAACCUACGAUUGGGGUUAUCCUCGAUUCGUCGAGAAAUCGAAGCUGAAAUCGUUGUCCCAUGCCAACAGUGGGAACUUGAUCAUACGGUGCGUUCUCACUGUGACGAAAGAACAUCGCACUGAUGCGGUUACACAGCCGAAUCUGGCAGACCAUCUUCUGCAGAUGUGGAAGGAUACAGAAGGAGCAGAUGUGACAUUCAGCGUUUGUGGCCAGCUUUUCCGUGCCCACAGAUGCUUGUUGGCCGCACGGUCUCCGGUUUUCAAGGCGGAGCUUUUUGGGCCGAUGAAGGAGAAGGCCACAAACUGUAUCAAGAUUGACGACAUUGAGCCACAAAUCUUCGAGGCGCUUCUCCACUUCACAUACACAGAUUCCAUGCUAGACGAUGAGCGAUUCAAAGAAGAUCGAUAUGGAGUGGAGAAGCUGAGGGUGAUCUGUGAAGGCAAACUCUGUGAGAGCAUAGAUGUAGAAACGGUUGCGACCACGUUGGUGUUAGCAGAGCAACAUCACUGUAAGGAUGUCAAAGAAGCUUGCCUUGAGUUUAUGGCUUCACGGAAGGUGCUACGAGCUGUCAUGGAGACCGAUGGUUUCAAGCAUUUGGUGACAACAUGUCCUCUGCUCAUGAAGGAGAUACUGGAGAAGGUGUCCCGUAGUGACUUGUAG